GAUUUAUCAAUUCCCGAUAUAACUUAUCAAUCAUCAAGAGCCAUUAACCUGAUUCUUAACGCUCUUGAAGAAGAUGCGAUUCAGACGAAUAAUACUGACUUUAUUUACGUUUCAAGAAAAACAGGGAAUUGGAAAUAAAUAUGCGUAAUUUGUUUACUGAUAGUCUGAUACAUUUACCAAAUGACGUAUAUACAUAACAUAAUAGAUCCCAAAGUUUCAUUUCCCUCAAUAGUGCAAUCAGUACCGGCCCUGACAUAAAGCUGGGAAAGCCGGUGUUUUGGACACCAAAUUAGAUUAAUAUUUAGGGAAGUCACAAUUGACAUAGUUUGUUUAUAGUCUCGGUGAAAGUGGUCACCGGUACUGGAUUUGAACACCAAAUAAAUUUUUGCUUUAAGCAUUAAAAUAUACUGGACCGGACCUGAAUGCAACUCGUCAUUUUUUUUAGUCAGGUGGUUUUUGUUAGAUAAUAAUUGUAUGUCACGUUGGUACAAAUCAGAUAGCCACUAAACCGAUAUGCCUAUGAUUAAAUAUCGAUAAACUGGUUAAUAAACACUUAUUGGCCAUACGGAAAAUACGGAUUAAUAACAUUAUAAGGUUGGAAAAAAUCUAUAAUUGAUAGAAUAUACGAGAAGAAAUGUAGGUCCACAAAGUCACAAACAUGCUUUUGAAACCUCUUCACUCUAGUCUUUAUAUAUAGGUUGUUGUGUUUCUUCUUGAGUCUUGGAAAUACAACAUUGUCAGUAUAUUAGAUAUCUAUUUGAGCACAUCUCUAGACUAUAUAAAGUAAGAAAAAUAUAUAUAGAGAGAGGAGAGAGAUGGGGAGGCAACCAUGUUGUGACAAAGUAGGCUUGAAGAAAGGCCCAUGGACUGUUGAAGAAGACAAGAAGCUUAUCAACUUCAUCCUCACCAAUGGCCAAUGCUGUUGGAGAGCUCUUCCCAAGCUUUCUGGACUAUUGAGGUGUGGUAAAAGCUGCAGAUUAAGAUGGAUAAAUUAUUUGAGACCUGAUUUAAAAAGAGGUCUUUUAUCAGAAAAUGAAGAGCAGAUGGUCAUUGAUCUUCAUGCCCAACUUGGCAAUAGAUGGUCAAAGAUUGCCUCUCAUCUACCAGGAAGAACUGAUAAUGAAAUUAAGAACCAUUGGAACACACACAUAAAGAAAAAACUAAGGAAGAUGGGUAUUGACCCUAUGACCCAUAAGCCUCUCUCUGAACAAGACGGUGCGCAACAACAAGCUCAGGGGAGAAAGAAAAGCUUAGUGUCUCGUGAUGAGAAGAACACAAACCAAGGCCAAGAAGAUCAACAACAAACUAGAAAAGAAGAAGAUCAACAACAUCAACUAGGGAAAGAUUUGGAGAAGAACAACACACCCAUUUCUACUGAUGAUGGGUUUUGCAUUGAUGAUAUCCCAUUACUCAGUCCACAUGAGAUAUUUGUGGACAUCCCUUCUGCUCACCAUCAUACUAGUGAUGAUAAUGCCAACAUUAACAUUAGUAACUCCACUUCACCUUCUUCGUCUUCCUCUUCUACCUCGUCGUGCAUAUCAUCACUACCGGGUGAUGAGUUCUCAAAGUUUCUUGAUGAAAUGGAGAUUGUUGACCUCAAGUGGCUCUCAUCCGAUGAUUCAUCAGGGGGUAACAUUAAUUACAACGACGGCAAGUUCAACAACAAUGUUGAUACGAUGAGCUUGUGGGACAUCAAUGAUUUGAGCAGCUUGGAAUUGUUUAUGAAUGAUCAUGAUGAUAGUGUGGUUGAAGCGGAUGUUCAAGAAUGGUUUUAGAUCAUGAUUCAUGGACAUUUGAUCUUCUUUAACUUUUAGUUUUUUUUUCUUCUCAUGUUGUUUUUAAUUGUUUUUGUUUGUUUGUUUGGGUUUGGCCUUGGUGGUGGAUGAUUAGGUGUAAAAGUACAUAUGUAAUUAAAGAUUGCAAUUGUGAACAUACUUUUCUCUGUUUAA